AGGAAGCAAAGGAUGCCAUUGAAGCUAAAGAAAGGCAUGCAGAAGAAAUGGCUGAUCUUGCAGAAACCGUUGAAAUGGCAACUUUGGACAAAGAAAUGGCCGAAGAAAAGGCCGAAACGUUACAACUAGAGUUGGAAGUAACAAAAGAAAGAUUGGAAGAAGUGACUUUGGAUUUGGAACUUUUGAAAGCUGAAAUGCAAGGAAAACCAGGAGAUCAACAGGAAGGAAAUGUUUCCUCGUACGAAUUGAAACAAUUGGAACAGCAAAACGCAAGAUUGAGGGAAACUUUAGUGAGAAUGCGUGACUUGACUGCUCAUGACAAGCACGAAUUCCAGAAACUGAUGAAGGAUAUGGACCAGAAAAAAUCUGAGAUUGCUGAAUUAAGUAGCCUGUUUCGAUCUAUUUUAAAGUUAAGGUUUUCCUUAAUUACAGUGAGGACUUACCAAAUGCAUUUCAAAUGUUUUGUUAAUAUAGAAUAA